AUGGGAGUGGGUGAGGCUCUCGUGCCUCAUAUUUGGUUCCUAACGUACAUCUCUCAUUUCUCUGUACGUCUCAGGGUUUAUGGUCCGGCAGAGUCUCAGCAAGUGGUGUUUGCAGAUGUGUGCCCACUGCUUACGUCUCUCUUGGACGGGUACAACGUCUGCAUUCUGGCUUACGGGCAGACCGGAUGCGGGAAGAGCUACACCAUGCUGGGUCCGCUUUCUAAGGACAAGCGCGGCGACCUCGGCAUCGUGCCCAGGGCUGCUGGGGAGCUCUUCAGGCUUAUUUCAGAAAACCCAUCCAGGAGCCUGAAGGUUGAUGUGUCCAUAGUGGAAGUGUAUAAUGACGACAUUUUGGACCUUCUGGCCAACGAGCGGCGUCCAGCGGUGUCUGGGCCCCCGUGGGAGGCGCCGAUGACCAAGGCAACAAAACGGGAGGUGUCACCGCCAACCCGAGCGCCCGUGCGCAGCGCGGAGGACUUUGUGGCGCUCGCUGCUGGAAGCCUGCGGUUCCGGGCACGGCGCGCCACCCGCGUGCACGCUGGAUCUUCCAGGUCCCACCUGAUAAUAACGGCCACUGUCACCGCAGCCCCCGCCGGCGGCAGUCCCGAGGACGGGCAGUCACUCGGACCACGGCUCCAGGGGCGGCCAGCGGGCGGCAGAGCCUCGCCCAGGUCCCCCGGGGCCCAGCGAGCGAGGGAGCAGGUGCACGCCAAGCUGCAGCUCGUGGACCUGGCGGGCAGCGAGUGUGCGGGUGUGUCUAGAGUGACAGGAGCGGCUCUCAGGGAGACCUCGUUCAUAAACCGGAGCCUGGCGGCCCUCGCGGACGUCCUGGGGGCCCUGGCGGAGCACAGAGACCACAUCCCCUUCCGCAACAGCCAGCUCACCCGCGUUCUCCAGGACGUUCUCGGAGGGGACGCGAAGCUGCUGGUGAUUCUGUGCGUGUCCCCCUGCCGGAAGCACGUGGCAGAAACGCUGCAGGUCCUGGGGUUUGGGGCCCAGGCGAGGCAUGUGCAGCGAGGCCCCGCC